AUGCAGUCUCUGUUCGGCGGCGAGCUGGGCCUGCUGGGCGGGUCCAGCGACGGCCUGAAGGAGGACGGCUGCGGCGGCGUGGGGUGGCGCUCGCCACCCCUCCCCACGGACGAUGUGUACUCGGCGUCGCACUUCGCAUUGAUUGCCGCCUACCAGGACAUCAAGAGCAGGUUGGGUGGUCUGGAACGAGAGAACAGCAGCAUUAAGAGGAAGCUCAAGCUGUACGAGAUCAAGGUUCAGAUACUUCUUCAUACCACUUUCCCGAUGAUCGGCGAGUUCGGCGAGGAUGCCAACUCGUACUGUUCCUUCGAGAGCAAGGAAACGGCGCUGCUGCACUCGGAGAAUGACAACUUGCAACAGAGGGUCAACAUUCUGACACAUGAGCUGCAGAAGAGGAAGGAACACGAGGAGCAGCUAGAAGAUGUGAUUCAGGCCUAUGAGAAGAUCCACAUGGAGAAGAGCAACCUCCAGAGGGACCUGGAUAAGAUGACUGGUCUGGUGGAGAAGCAUGUGGAGCGCAUUUUGGGCCUGGAGGCGGCACUACGGCAGCGAGAUAAUUCUCUGCAUAAGCUUAACCUGCAGCUGCACAGCAAGGACAUGCAGUACCUCCAGCUACACGCCAGCCCCGAUGCACACAUGUUGGAUUGUCCCACCAUGACGCUUCAGAGCUCGCGUAGCCUCGACGCUCUGUCCGACCUGAAGGUGCAGCGGUUGGAGGCGGAGCUAGAAGGGGCUAGGCACGAGGCGCAAGGGGCGUGCCAGCGGGAGGAGGAGCUAAAGGUCCAAUGUGAACGCCUCAAGGAGGACGUCAGGCAGCUGCAGGGCGGCCAGCGUGACAGGGAGAUGUCACCGUGCAAGCAGUGCGACGUUGAGUGGAUCAAGAAGGUGGGAGACGAGCAGGUGAACCUGGCGCUGGCUUACACCGAGCUGACGGAGGAGCUGAGUCGCUUACGGGCGCUGAGCUCGAAGCAGACGGAGAUUUUGAGAAAAGCGUCGCAGGAGCGACACAGUCCAGUCCAGCUACACUCCCCUAUCCACCACCAACGCCACUCGCCCGGAUCCCAGCAGCGCCACUCGCCCAUCUCCCAGCGGCAUUCCCCGGUGGCAGCGGCGGUGGCGCACCACUCGCCCAUCCAGCAGCGGCGCUCGCCUGUGCUACAGCGCCUCUCACCCGACACGCACCGCCGCUCGCCCUUGCUGGACGUCGGCGAGGCAGGCCCGGCUUCAUACUCUUGCCGCCCGGCCAGCCAGCACCUGCGCGCCAGCUUCCAGGGCCGCCGCAGCUACUCGGAAGUGACCGACCCGUCGGCAUACCAGUGCCCGCCGCGCUUCUCCCUGGACCCAGUGUCCACACUGCCCAAGCCCCGGCCUUUUGUGGAAAGCUACUCCAAACAGACACCGCAGCACUCCCUGCAGCAUAGAGGCACGACGUCACCUCACCAGGGCGGCGGUGGAGGCGACGACGGCGCCCUGCGCCACCCUAGGGAGAUGCCCUUUCCGCUCCGUUUUGAACCGCCGCCACCUCCCUCCGCGCAGGCCCCGCCGCCGCCCCCGCAGUCCUCCGAAGAUGAGGAGGAGUGGACCUGCCCGCAUCCCGUCAGCCCGCCACGGACGCUGGGGGUGCUCACUUCCGCCGUACCUGGGGGCGCCACCAGGGGUCCGGCGUCCUGCUCAGCCUUCCCCACCACCCAGUGCGCCAACGCUCUGGGCUGCCACUCUCGACCCGGCUACAUAUCGGCCGAGCACGCUCAGUCGUGGCCCUCCAUUAACCUUUGGAUGGAGACGGAAGAAAGCGACGUGCGCAGCUGCCCGCUGUGUCAGCUGAUGUUCCCCGUCGGUUACCCUGAUGACGCCCUCAUCAAGCACAUUGACUCCCACCUGGAGAACAGCAAGAUCUGA